AAUAGCCGGGGCGCGGCCCGCCCCGUCGCCUCCCCCUCGGGGAGCCUAUAAAUCGCCCGCGGCGCCGGGGGCGCCUGCCCCUCUGCGCCUCCGCGAGGCCGCACUCCCGCUGCCGUCCGCGGGCCCCCUGCGCGCUCUCGGCCGCCCGCUCCCCGCAGUCGCCGGCCGGGCGGACCCGGGUCCCCGCGCUCUCGCGAGAAGUGCGCCGCGCGGGGCGGUGGGGAGCGGAGUCCGCGCGGGCCCUCGAGGGGCCGAAGAUGGGGUGGUGCGUGGGGAGCCCGCAGCUCCUGCUGCUGGCGCUCGUCCUCCUGCCCUGGAGCCCCUGCCUGGGGGCAGACGCGGAGAAGGCCCCCGGCAUCCCCACAGGUAAAUUAUUAGUCAUAACUGUAGCAACAAAAGAAACUGAUGGAUUCCAUCGAUUUAUGCAGUCAGCCAAAUACUUCAAUUAUACUGUGAAGGUCCUUGGUCAAGGAGAACAGUGGAAAGGUGGGGACGGAAUUAAUAGUAUUGGAGGGGGCCAAAAAGUGAGAUUAAUGAAAGAAGUCAUGGAACAUUAUGCCGAUCAAGAGGAUCUGGUUGUCUUGUUUACUGAAUGCUUUGAUGUCAUAUUUGCUGGUGGUCCAGAAGAAGUUCUAAAAAAGUUCCAAAAGUCAAACCAUAAAGUGGUCUUUGCAGCAGAUGGAAUUCUGUGGCCAGAUAAAAAACUGACAGACAAGUAUCCCAUCGUGCAUAUUGGGAAACGCUACCUGAAUUCGGGAGGAUUUAUUGGUUAUGCUCCGUAUAUCAACCGUAUAGUUCAACAGUGGAAUCUCCAGGAUAAUGAUGAUGAUCAGCUGUUUUACACUAAAAUUUACAUUAAUCCACUGAAGAGGGAAGCUAUUAACAUCACAUUGGAUCACAAAUGCAAAAUUUUCCAGACCUUAAAUGGAGCUGUAGGUAUGCUUCCUGAAUACCAGAUUGCUGAUGAAGUUGUCUUGAAAUUUGAAAAUGGUAAAGCCAGAGCCAAGAAUGUAUUUUAUGAAACAUUACCAGUGGUGAUUAAUGGAAAUGGACCCACCAAGAUUCUCCUAAAUUAUUUUGGAAACUAUGUACCUAAUGCAUGGACACAGGAUAAUGGCUGCACUCUUUGUGAACUGGAUACAAUUGACUUAUCUACAGUAAAUGUCCAUCCAAAUGUAACAAUAGGUGUUUUUAUUGAGCAACCAACUCCUUUCCUACCUCGAUUUCUGAACCGAUUGUUGACACUGGAUUACCCAAAAGAAGCACUUAAACUCUUUCUUCAUAACAAAGAAGUUUAUCAUGAAAAGGACAUCAAGAUAUUUUUUGAUAAAGCUAAACAUGAAAUCAGUACUAUAAAAAUAGUAGGACCAGAAGAAGAUCUGAGUCAAGCUGACGCCAGAAAUAUGGGAAUGGAUUUUUGCCGUCAGGAUAAAAACUGUGAUUAUUACUUCAGUGUGGACGCAGAUGUUGUUCUGACAAAUCCAAGGACUUUAAAAAUUUUGAUUGAACAAAACAGAAAGAUCAUUGCUCCUCUUGUGACGCGUCAUGGAAAACUGUGGUCCAACUUCUGGGGAGCAUUGAGUCCUGAUGGCUACUAUGCUCGAUCUGAAGAUUAUGUGGACAUUGUUCAAGGGAAUAGAGUAGGAAUAUGGAAUGUCCCAUACAUGGCUAAUGUGUACUUAAUUAAAGGAAAGACACUCCGAUCAGAGAUGAAUGAAAGGAACUAUUUUGUUCGUGACAAAUUGGAUCCUGAUAUGGCUCUUUGCCGAAAUGCUAGAGAAAUGACUUUACAAAGGGAAAAAGACUCCCCUACUCCGGAAACAUUCCAAAUGCUCAGCCCCCCAAAGGGUGUGUUUAUGUACAUUUCUAAUAGACACGAAUUUGGAAGACUAUUAUCAACUGCUAAUUACAAUACUUCCCAUUAUAACAAUGACCUCUGGCAGAUUUUUGAAAAUCCCGUGGACUGGAAGGAAAAGUAUAUAAACCGUGAUUAUUCAAAGAUUUUCACUGAAAAUAUGGUUGAACAGCCUUGUCCAGAUGUCUUUUGGUUUCCCAUAUUUUCCGAAAAAGCCUGUGAUGAAUUGGUGGAGGAAAUGGAGCAUUAUGGCCAGUGGUCUGGGGGGAAACAUCAUGAUAGCCGUAUAUCUGGUGGUUAUGAAAAUGUCCCAACUGAUGAUAUCCACAUGAAGCAAAUUGAUCUGGAGAACGUAUGGCUUCAUUUUAUCCGGGAGUUUAUUGCGCCGGUUACGCUGAAGGUCUUCGCAGGCUAUUAUACAAAGGGGUUUGCGUUAUUGAAUUUUGUCGUAAAAUACUCCCCUGAAAGACAGCGCUCUCUUCGCCCUCAUCACGAUGCUUCCACGUUUACCAUCAACAUUGCACUCAAUAAUGUGGGAGAAGAUUUUCAGGGAGGUGGAUGCAAAUUUCUAAGGUACAAUUGCUCUAUUGAAUCACCUCGAAAAGGCUGGAGCUUCAUGCAUCCAGGGAGGCUCACGCAUUUGCAUGAAGGACUUCCUGUUAAAAAUGGAACAAGAUACAUCGCAGUGUCCUUUAUAGAUCCCUAAGUUAUUUACUUUUCGUUGAAUUGAAUUUUCUUUUGGAAUGGAUGACUGGCACGAACAUGUCUUUGAAGUUGUGCUUGAGAAGAUGAGAGGAAUAUUUAAAUAACUUCAACAGAACAACUUCACUUUGGGCCAAACAUUUGAAAAACUUUCUACAAAAAAUUGUUUGAUAUUUCUUAAUGUCUGCUCUGAGCCUUAAAACACAGAUUGAAGAAGAAAAGAAAGAAAAAAAAGUAAAAGCCAAUAUUUAUUUCUGUGCCUUAAUGUCUCUGAGAAUAAUGACAGUUUUCUGGAUUUGCGUUUCAGUUGAUAACAUAUUCAGAUACACUUGUACAAGUGACGAAUGAGACUAAUAUUUUCUUAUUAAAAUCCUGGGAAGAAUUUUAUUUAUCAACUUAUAGACAAAAUGGAUAUAAAUGAAAAUUGGCAAUUUUUAAAACGUUGGAAAACUGGGGUUCUAACUGAAUUUGUAUGCAACUAAUUGUGUAAGUACUUUUUUGACCACCUAUGCAGGUACGUUUUGCAGUAGUUAUUCAACGAAUACAAAGAUCAAUAUUACACAAUGUUUUUCCUCAAGAAACUUAGUAUAAAAGAUGACUGAGGCCCAGAUCCAGUUAAAAACAUUUUUCUUUAGAUUGUUAAACAGGUUUUUUUACAUUUGUAUUGGAAAUCAAGCCCUGUGUUGCUUCAGAUUAAUUUUCCAAGGUGGGUUAUGUUUAGUAGAUAUUAGAUUUAGGACAACUUUCAAACCUUUCCAUUUCUUAAAAGUACAUCAAGUAUCGACUUAAGAUCAGCAAGUGUCCUUAAGUCAAGACAGGUUUUUUUUUUUUUAAUUCUAGAAAAUAAUGAGGAAAAACAAAAAUUUCAUUGAGAUUAGUAGUAGCAUUUUAUGAUUUUUUAAAAAACUUUCUUAAGUACUUGAAUUUUAUAUCAGGAAAAUAAAGUUGGUGAACCUUUCUUCUUCCCUUUUUGCCCUUUGUCUUUCCUCUUUAUUGUUUUUUUAUGGAGGUUUCUUUUAUUUUUUGUCUUCCCAGCAUAAUCUCCAUUUUGUCCUUCUUAUUCUUUUUAGUACCGUCCCUUUGCCCCACUUUAAAAAAUUCCCCAACACAAAGAAAUUUGUGACUUGAUUUUUCAUCAUGUCUCUGAGUGAGGUUUAACUAUCCUUAUUGUACCUACUGUUUUUAAUUUAAAGGUUAAACUUGAAUAAAAGGUCUAAGUCAUGG